CGAGGUAUUCCUAACAAUCUCUUACCACCCGAAUCUAAGCUCACUUCUGCGGUCCAACCGUGCUUCUCUUCCCUUCGAAACUGCGGGUUAGAAAUACCCGCAGUAUCAAGUAGCGAGUCGAAGUGGCAGACCAAACCCCCCAACAACUUCCAUCCACCCCAUCCGCCUCCGACUACCCAUCCACGCUGCAACCUCCUCGACCUCCCUCCAAUACAGCUUUCUCGGCCCCCGCAGCGACUAUACCACCCGCAGACAUAGCAAGUCACGACCCUUCGUCUAACUCUGAUAUCGUGUCUGGUGCUCAGGAACACCAAUUAGCCGAUUCUUCUGCACUAAGCCGAAUUCUAGGGAGAAGACAACGAGCUCCAGACGACGAUAACGACGUCGCCGGCUCGCAGUCGGAGCUCCCGGAAGCUCACGCUUCCCAUACCAUUUCUAUCGACAGUCCUAGAAGGAAACGCAGACGUGCUAAUAGUACAAUGUUAGCGGAUACAGACAGGCCGGCAGCAUCUAAUGGCACCCCGAAGCCUUACGCUAAUGGGAAGUCGCUUUGGGGGUCCUCGGUAUCGAGUCCGGCUAAUGGGACUAGCAAGGGAACCUCGGGAGUUAAUGGCUCUUCCAAAGCGCGACAGUCGGAAACGUAUUUCGGCCAUGAUCGCGAAGAGGUAACAAGGUUGUUAUUACAAGCGCUCACGGACAUGGGUUACCACUCUGCAGCGCAAAGUGUGAGCCAGGAGAGUGGCUAUGAGCUGGAAAAUCCGAUAGUUGCGGCCUUCAGAAAUGCUAUACUCGGAGGAAACUGGAACGAAGCCGAGCAGCUACUUUCCGGAGCUGUGGUAUCUGGCAGCCGGGUUGGUGAGAAUGGCAAUAAGUUAGUGUUGGCACAUGAAGCGGAUAAGCGGAUGAUGAAGUUCUGGAUACGACAGCAGAAAUUCUUGGAAUACCUAGAGAAAAAAGAAACCGGUCGCGCCCUAAUGGUAUUAAGGAACGAACUGACACCAUUAUAUCAAGACACUCAAAAACUCCGCUUCUUAUCUAGCUUGUUGAUGUGUCAAAAGACGGAAGAUAUGAAGUUCAAAGCCGAAUGGGAUGGUGCAUACGGAGAAUCUCGGCGUGUUCUCUUAUCACAAUUAUCAAAAUGUAUCUCCCCUUCAGUCAUGCUCCCAGAGCAUCGCCUGUCGGUACUUUUACAUCAAGUUAAAGAUUUUCAGAUUGGAAAUUGCCUCUGGCAUUCCAGCGAUUCUUCUCCGUCAUUAUAUUCAGAUCAUUUAUGCGACCGAAGACGAUUCCCGUCAGAAAACGUUUUAGAACUAGACGAGCACGAGGAUCAGGUCUGGCAAGUCAAAUUUUCUCAUGAUGGGACGAAGCUGGCUAGUUGCGGCAAGGGCAAGCAGGCUAUUAUCUGGGAUGUCCCGUCUUUUCGCCUGCUUCAUUAUCUUAGGAAUCACGAUGACGGGGUUGGUAAUGUCUCUUGGAGUUGGGAUGAUUCCAUGCUGGUCACAUGUAGUCAGGACCGACAUGCUCGGUUAUGGGAUGUUAAUACGGGCGCGUGUCUCAAAACGUUCGACCGAUGCCAAGAGCCAGUUACCAGUUGCGUGUGGGCGACAGAUAGUAAAUCUUUUGUCACGGGCGCACUCGAUAAAACCAACAGUCUCAUUCAAUGGAGCAUUUCGGGAGAGAAGAUCUACGACUGGAACUGUGGUCACAGAGUUGAAGAUUUGACUAUCUCACCGGAUGGGCGCUGGCUGGUGGCAUCUGAUGGUGGAACGUAUAUCCACGUUUACAAUUUCGUUACGCGUCAACUAGAGUAUGAGAUGGAUCUGCAAGUCAGAUUAACAUCGAUAAGCAUCAGCAAAAACUCUCGCCAUCUCUUGGUCAAUCACAAUAAUGGCGUUGCGCAACUUAUUGAUCUACUUCGCCGUGAACCGAUUCAAAAUUACGCAGGUUUUACUGGCGGAAACUAUAUGAUAAGGAGUGCUUUCGGGGGAGCUGACGAAAGCUUCGUGAUCAGUGGAAGCGAAGACGGGUCGAUCAACGUCUGGCACAAGGCCAGUGCUCAAUUAGUACAGAAGCUUCAAGGACAUAUCCCCGGAUGCAAUGCGGUCUCGUGGAACCCUGCCGAUCCGUGCAUGUUCGCCUCGUGUGGAGACGAUGGUAAAAUCAAGAUAUGGUCUAAUAACGAGUGGCGUCAUGCUCAACGAGAGGAAAACCGGACUUUAGCCAGCUCUUAAUGAAUAGUAGCUAGGUUAUAUUCGAGACGUUUGAUUUUAUAGUACAAGUGCUUGCAUGGGGCCGGCGUAAUUUGGAUGGUGGCAUGGUGCUUCUCCCCGGUCUCUGGCGACUUAAGAUAACUUGGGAUGCCACCGUACAAGAGACGCCUUUCCGAUGGCGUUUUGUUUUUGUUUUUUUAAUUAUGCGGUGUAUCAAUGCAGAAUAUCUUUGAUUUCAAGGGUCCGAAACCUUUUUUUUUGGGGGG